AUGAACGGGCUUGACGCCCCACAAAGACACUUUAUCACUUUGUGUAUUGUCAUCGAAGCUUUCAUUACCUACGUCAGAGAGGCCUCGCUUACUGCUUCUGAGGCAGCCUGGCACGGGAGUCGGCCUAAUGAGAUGAGGAGGGACGAGGUUCAACCUCGCUCAGACAAGUUGAUGCAGGACCCCCAAAACCCUCCCCGAAGAUUGACACCCCGUUUGAGAAAGGUUCAAGGGCUUGUCGAAGGACAGGCAGUACACUACGAGAUCCUUUGGGUGUCAUCCGCCAUAGUGACGAUGACUUUUUCUUUCCUGACAAUCAUCAAUGAGAUUAAUCCCCCCAGCAUCACUUGGACGCUGGUCUCACCCAUUCGCAUGGUGGUGCCGCUGUCACCACUGGAGGCUGUUAGUCAUGAAGAAGAGCUUACGCGCAGCUGGAACAAAUGGACGAAACAGGCGCCGAUUAUUGGCAAAGCCCAUGGGACCAUGAUGCACUUGCGGCUGAAAACUGGACGUGAUUCGAAAUAUUUACUGGAUCGCUUUCGCACUUAA